GACUCGGAGCCUCUGUUUCUUCAUCUGUAAAAUGGAGAUCCUAAGAGUCACUUCAUAGGAUCACAGUGGGGAUCAAAUGAGACAAUAUGUGCUUAGCUCAGUGCUCAGUGCCUUGUAAAUGCUCCAGGAAUGGCAGCGUGUUCUGUCAUUAAGUCCUGGCAACUCCUUCACCCUUGCCACGACCUGCCUGGAGAGAGACCCUUUGUGACUCAGCCACGAGUCACAGCCCCUCCCCCUUCAGAGCCUGCUUUGGGGACCCCAGCCCAGCCCCUCUGUGGGUGCGCUAAUGAGGAAGAAGAGCUGGGAAAGGAGGGUCCCCUUGCCCCGCUCCAGAGGCUGGGCGGGGUGCAUCACCUGUGAUUUCGUGUUCAUUUAGCAAGCUUUCGGAUGGGUCACUUCCCUCAACAUUUUACUCCUCCAUCCACGAACUCAUUCGACACAUUCGUUGAGUACCUACCGUGGGUUGGGCUGAACGUCCUAGAAGUAUACAGCCAUGAAAAAGACAAACUCAAGUGUGGCCGACAGAAACCGAACGAGAAAACCACUCAACGUACGGCACAGCUUGUGGGAAGUCCUACAGGACGAGACUCGAGAGAGGCACGGGCGGGCUGGGUGCGACGGGACCGUCUUUCUCUCUUGGUCCUGCUUUCCCAUCAACCUUGUAAGUUGAGGGGAACCUGGAUAUGGAACUUUCUGCAAAGGAGAGGCUUCCCCGCUUUCCUGCCGGGGUGCCGAUCGAUCGAGAAACUUGGGGAGUGAGCCGGGGACCUGCAUUUCCGCAAUUUUCUAGGAGGAGAUGCAGAUUCAGGAACCCGGGUCCUGGAUCCUAAUCAGCCUUGGGCGGCAGUGACGGAGGCGGGCAUCCGUGAGACUUUGGUUCCCUGAGUGCUUCCUAGGACGGAUUCCUGGCAGGGGAUCCCGGGGGGGGGCUCACCUGUGGGCCUGCUUUUCUGGCUUCUGCUGUUUCCAAGGAGGAUCCCCGAGGACGCCCAGGGCAGCGCGCAGCACCCGUGCAGGGGAGAAUGUGCAAAUGGCUCGGUGCUUCUGAAGCAGAACUGGAGUUCGUUGAGAUCACCAUCAUCGUGGUGGUGGUGAUGGUGAUGGUGGUGGUGAUCACGUGCCUGCUGAGCCACUACAAGCUGUCUGCGCGCUCCUUCAUCGGCCGGCACGGCCAGGGCAGGAGGAGAGAAGACGCCCUCUCCUCGGAAGGAUGCCUCUGGCCCUCGGAGAGCACCGUGUCGGGCAACGGAAUCCCAGAGCCGCAGGUCUAUGCUCCUCCGAGGCCCACCGACCGCCUGGCCGUGCCCCCCUUCACCCAGCGGGACCGCUGCCUCCGCUUCCAGCCCACCUACCCGUACCUGCAGCACGAGAUCGACCUGCCGCCCACCAUCUCGCUGUCGGACGGGGAGGAGCCCCCGCCCUACCAGGGCCCCUGCACCCUCCAGCUGCGAGACCCUGAGCAGCAGCUGGAGCUGAACCGGGAGUCCGUGCGCGCGCCCCCGAACAGAACCAUCUUCGACAGCGACCUGAUGGACAGUGCCAUGUUGGGCGGCCCCUGCCCCCCCAGCAGUAACUCGGGCAUCAGCGCCACGUGCUACGGGGGCGGCGGGCGCAUGGAGGGGCCGCCCCCCACCUACAGCGAGGUCAUCGGGCACUACCCCGGGUCCCCCUCGUUCCAGCACCAGCAGAGCAGCGGGCCGCCCUCCUUGCUGGAGGGGACCCGGCUCCCCCACGCACACCUCGCCCCCCUGGAGAGCUCACCCGCCUGGAGCAAAGAGAAAGAUAAACAGAAAGGACACCCUCUCUAGGAAUCCCGGGGCCGGGGCCGGGCAGCAGUGAGUAUAGGAAAAAAAGAAAAAACAGAAAGGCGAAACACUCCGCACUUCCGAAACCAGAAGACAGAGGAGGACCGGGCGGCACCCAGAAAAUGUGGCGCGUAUCCAUCCUUUCCCCCUCUGUGUAUAAAUAUUUACAUGUUCUGUCUGGUCUGAAUGCACAAGCUAAGAAAGCUUGCAAAAACAAAAGAAAACAAAACAAAACAAAAAAAAAAACCACGUUUCUUUGUCGAGCUGUGUCUUGAAGGCAAAAGAGAAAAAAGAAAAAAAAAAAAAAACCUACCCUAGUCUUUUCUGUUCCUAGUUGAGCUGCGUGCGUGAAUGCUUAUUUCCUUUCGUUUGUUUAUGAUGAUUUCACUUAACUUUAAAGACCUAUUUGCACAAAACCUUUGUUUAAAGAUCUGCAAUAUUAUAUAUAUAAAUAUAUAUAAAAUAAGAGAAGUAUUGUGAGGGCAGGAGUAUUUUUGUAUUAGAAGAGGCCUAUUAAAAAAAAAAAAGUUGUUUUCUGAACUAGAAGAGAAAAAAAAGGCAAUUUUUGAGUGCCAGGUCAGAAAGCGUGUAUUACCUUGUAAAGAAGAAGAAGAAGAAGAAGAAGAAGAAGAAAAAAAAAAAACUACAAAGCAGGGGUUUAGAGUUAUUUAUAUAAAUGUUGAGCUUUUGCACUAUUUUUUAAUAUAACUAUGUCAGUGCUUGUUUGAUGGAAACUUCUAUCGUGUCUGUCGAGACUUUUAAGGGGGAAGCGGCGGAAUUUGGCAGCGGCCGUCUGGCAGAGGGCGGGCUCUGCACGGAGUUGGGGGAGGCUUCCGGAGGGGGCGCUCCUCCUGCGUAAGUGGAAGCUUCUGUCUAGCGGUCGGUUGUUACCGCCUCAUACAUUCCCCACCGGAGGAGACGCAUUUCCCCCUCUGGGCCGGCACAGCCUUUGGAUGGCAGACGAGAUGGGGAAAUCGGUCACCCAGUGCCAGGGUGGUGGCUUUGCCUUGCCCCAGAUGAAAAUAAACUGUUCCUGAAGGAUCUUAGUUUUUCCUCCUGUUUUUUAAGCAUGAGCCCCCUCCCCCUCCCCCCAGGAAGGGGCUGAGGCGCCCCCUUUGCCGCCGCUGCCGCUGCCGCUCCCGGAGCGCGUUGCCGGGACCCGCCGGAGAGGUUGGGGUGGCUGCUUUCCGUGCGGACGAUCCGGCGGGUCCAGGACUUCUCAGCUGAGGGUGGCGGAGGCCACCGGCAGAUUGGAAAGGCCCCCGAGGAAUUCGACCUCAUCCCUGGCUUUCUCUUUACGUAGCAGUUCUCACCGAACAGGCCAACAAACGGGACACCAGAGAGAAAAAGUGACACGCGCAGGUGUCUCCCAGGACACGCCAGAGGGUUAACGCGAAGAGAACCAGCACCGACAACGGGGAAACCGGCGUAAACCUGUGCUUUAUGUUUUCAGAUCAGAAUUGAAUUCUUUACCUCCUCUCCCACACGUCCAUUCCUCUCCCCGUGGAAACAGUCGUGUUUGGCGUGUCCGUGUGUCUCUGUUUUCCCAGCAUCUGUAUCAGAUACGAGUCUCGUUUGCCAGGGUUUUGCCGAGUGGAUUUCGGGUUGGCAGGAUCCCUUGGUGGCCUGUGCAGGCGAGGGCGCGUGAGUGGGCACACGUGUGUGACAGUGGCAGGCCGGCCAGCGAGGGGGGGGGGCGCCCCUUGGGAUCUACUGGUUCACAUUCCAGGGGGUGACCCCCCCCCCCCCCGCCCCCCGGUCCCUUCCUCCCCGAGCUGUCUUUUCCUUCUGGAAGAAUGCUAACUGUCAGACUAACGCGAGAGAAGGCAUAUGGGCAAUAACUUGUUUCUAAGCAACUUUUUUAUUACUUAAACACCUGAGAACAGUUUUGAAGUUCUGACCAUUUGAACUCUAUUUAUACGCACAUUUUAAGAGCGUGGUGACCAACAGAUAAACGCGGACUCUGGGCGUUCGCUGCUGACCAGCCUGGCAGAAGGUUCUUGUACUUUGACAAUAAAAAGCUGCCUCUCCGUGGGGUCCUCGGCCUAAACUUUGCUCCUCUCUCAGAGAGGAUGCUUUUUGCAAGUCGUGCUGAGAACUCGGUGUAAUUUGUCCUAAAAGGUACAGGGACACGUUUAUAGAUUUAAAAAAAAAAACAACAAAACAAAAAUUUUUUAAGCUGUAUCUCUCCUUUCCGCGAAGAGUCAGUCUCCCUAGUGCCUUACUGAGGAAGCAGUGUCCUCUCGUCACCGGUUGGGGGGCAUCCCUGGGCAGUGUCUCCGUCACCCCCCCCCCCCCUCCCGGGGACUGGCCUUUCCACUCGAGGGCUGCGGCUGCUUCUCGAACACCCCCAUAGCCCUCUCGGUGCCCGGUCCCGCCCGCCCUCCCACCGUGGAGGCGCCUGGCCCAGCCAGGCGACCCCCUCCUGCCCCUCCUCCUUGUCACCUACUGGGUCCAGUCCUGUGCCAACUCCCGGGCGGGUUGUGAGCCCGGACGCCGACCUCGUCUGCCUGGGCAACGUCGGGCCCAGGCGUGGCCCGGGUCUUGGCGUGGAUCCUGUUGCCUGGCCGUGUGGUCUGUGUGGGAGGAAGCAGGAGGGUGGGCUCCUGACCUCAGCGGGCUUGAGGGCAGAGCGCAUCUCCGCGAUCACAUCCCGGGACCGCUGGGCCGCAGGGCCCCGGGGUUUCGUGCCCAGCACAGGCCCCUUGCAGAGGCUCCCGGCAGAGAGGCCGGGCGAAGUCGGGGCGCAUCCCGAGAAAACCGGGGGGGGGGGGGUUCUGGAAACUGCUAGCACUAAGCUCUUGGUCUCGGGGGGUGUAUUCGUUCCCUCCAGAUGCUGGCCGCCAUGCCCUUGUCGCUGAAAAGGCUCUGAGCACCCCUCGGGAGGCCCCCUUUUGCCAGUAAAAAGUUCGGGGUCCUCGGCAGUGGCUGGUUGGAGGGGGACCGGCUGGGGCUUUCUCUUGUCCUCGGUUCCCUGCUUCUCAACCGCAUUUCCUCCCGAGGAAGCGCAUCCCCCCCCCCCCCCCCCCCAAGCCCGGGUCUCCGCAGGCCGACUUAGCAGGGGCCCUAAGAGCCACCCGUGUCCCCCACAAAGUGUUCUUUGCAAGGAGCUGAGACUCCCCUCGCCCCCCACGUCUAGUGAACACCAGGCCAGGGCCAGAAAGCGAGUCUGUCCCCUGUCCUUGUCUCCGCUGUGAAUGGUAUGUUUCCGAACUUGUUUCCUACGUGCCCACAAAGCUUCCAGAUGCAGACGACAUCCCAGCGAUCAGGAAAACUACAAGUGUCGUUUUGUUUUGUUCUGUUUGCCCUGGAAGCCGCGCUUCGAAUUUUGCUGUACUGUAGCGCCCAGAAGGACACGCCUUGUCGUUUGCCUGCCCGAUUCCACGGCGGUGUGCUCCUGGCACGCUUGUACGUUGCGUUCCUGGCGGUGAAGCCGCUCUCCUUUGCAGCCCUGUUUCCCGAGUUCUGUUCAAGUUAAACUCAUGUAAAUUCCCCGUGGCACGCUGGGUGCGGCGCCCACGUUGCUGCCACGUGAGACUCUGUAUUUGGAUGCCAAUCCACAGGCCUGAUGAAAUCGCUUCUUGUGUAUCAAUAAUCCUUAGUGGCAAUGAUGACUUUCUGAAAAGCUGCAAUACUUACACAAUAAAUUUUACAAUUCUUUGGAA